UCCCAACUUCAUGUCACUCUUGGAGCUCCGAAGUCCAGCCUUGGCCCUGCUUCCUGUGUGGCCUUGGUCAGUUACCUUGGCCUCUCUGAGCCCUGUGAGAAGGAUGAGCCAGUGAACUAAUGUGUAGGCAGGGCCUUGGGGAACCUGAUGGCUCAAACCUCGAUUCCUGCUUCAUGGAACCUCUUCAUUCAUUCAUACUAUAGCAGUUUCUUGAGCUUUGGGAACACAGCCAUAAAGGGGAGCUCCCAGGCCCCUGUUCACUUGGAGUCCCAAGUAUAGCAGGGGCAUUGACCACACGAGUAGUCAGUGUUGAGUGCUGUGCCCACAGGACCUGAGUGGCAUCUGGAGGAUUCCAGAGCAGCACACUGUGCCUCUUCUCCACUGCUGGCGUGGCCUAUUUGGAGGAUGAGGAGCCAGCAGGGUGCAGUUUGGGGCACCUGCUUCCCUGGCACAGGGAGCCUUGCUGCAGCAUCCGACUGUGGUGUGAUAAAGGCUUAUGACUGAAGAGGGGCAGCCGCUGGGCUCCUCACCUCUCCCUGGCAGGCGAUCAGGCAGCCAGGGGCAAGAGGGGCAGAGAAAGACAGCUUUGGUGCCCCCCACCCCAGACCUCUACAGUAGCUCAGAGGUUUAGGACGAUGCUGACUUAAGUAGUCAGGGCACCCCAGUCUGGCCAACAUGGCUGAAAUGCACACUCUGUAUUAUUCCUUGAAGAAACUGUUAUCUUUCUUCAAUGGCUACGUGGCUGUAAGUAUGUCACAACCCAGGCCCUGGGGCUUUGCAGCCCUUCCUCCACGAUCCUCAUCUGCCUGGACACCUCUGUCACGUUCCAAGCGGUGGUCGUCUGCAUGCCUGCUUCACGCUGACUGACUGUGCCUGGUGAAGGGCUGCCAGGCGCCGCUUGGCUUUGCCGGGUAUUAUGGAGCAACCAAAGACAGCAGAGGCACCCUCUUGUUUUGUUUCUUGUUCAUGGUCAUCAUUCUCAUCGUGGAAAUCACAGUCGCCACAGUGGUCCUUGCCUUCUUCCCGAUUGUUAAGUACAGCACAGCUUCUCCCACUCCGCAUGUGUCUUCUGUGUUCACCAUUUUCCGUUUCAUCUUUGAGGUUCACAAAGCGGCCUUCGUGACACUGAGGAAGAACUACAGAAGUGACAACGAGCCACAUGAAUAUUCCAUGGAAUGGACUUUGGUCACGGAGAAGCUAAAGUGCUGUGGAGUGAGGAACUUUUGAAAGGACACUGGCCACACCUACCCCAGGAGCUGCUGUAAAUCCAUUGAGGCCGUGGCCUGUGAUGGGCGCAAUGUGUCCACAGAUGUCAUCCACCAGAAAGGCUGUUCCCCUAAGCUCCUGGAAAUAACCAAGACUCAGAGCAUCAACCUGAGUGGGGUCUCCCUGGGGGCAGCAGCAGUGCAGGUAUGGCCCAGCUCCUCUGGGACACACUGAGCUCUUUAAUCGAGCCCCUACUUACUGUGUGCGCAGCACUGCUCGGGACACUGGGGACACAGCAGUGAUAAAAGACAAAAUGCCUGCCAUGGCGGAGCUGACAUGGUGGCGAUGGAUGAUUAUUUGGUUUAAGAUACCUGCCGGGAAGGAAGUAAAAGAGGGUGAUGAGAUAGGGAAAGGAAUCAGGGAUGGCCUCCCUGAGGAGGUGAGGAAAAGCCAUGUGUGUGUGUAUGGGAGAAGACAGAGGGAAGAGCUGGUGCAAAGGCCCUCAGGUUGGCUUUUUCAAGGAUCAGCAAGGAGGCCUUUAUGACUGGAGCAGGGUGGAUGAGGAGAGUGGUACGGGGAGAUGAGGGCAAGACCUUGUGGGCUACAGAGAGGGGUUUGGUUUUUAUUCUGAGUAUGAUGGAAAGCCGUUAGAAGGGUUUAAUUUUUAAAAUUAUUUUUAUUUUCAAAAAUUUUUGCGGGGGAGGUGAUUAGGUUUAUUCAUUUACUCUUAGAGGAGGUACUGGGGAUUGAACCCAGGACCU